AAUUAGAAAAAAAGCUCUUACAAGCUGCUACUAAAUACCAACAAAAGAAUCCAGAAGUUAACAGAACAGCAGCAGCUAAAUACAAAAAAAAUAAUCCCGAGGUUCAUAGAGUAGCAGCAGCACAUUACCAGCAAAGUCAUCCAGAGGUUCACAGAGCAGUCAUUCGUAGACAUGAGCAUAAAAAUCAAGGAAAACAAACGGAAAGGCAAUUGCUUCCAUGGAAGAUUAAAACUUUUUCCAGGAUGAAAUAUGACCCAAAGAUAGCUUAUGAAACCGAUAAAUUAGUAUCCCUGGGCACUAUGAGUCAUAAAUGCAUACACUGUAAUGCCCUCAAGUUUAAAGAAGCACCUGGUAUGUGCUGUAGUGCCGGUAAAGUGCAGCUUCCAGCUUUUUUGCCUCUACCUGAGCCGCUCAAUAGUUUGCUCAUGGGCCUGCAUCCUGAGCACAUUCAUUUUAUGGACUGCAUUAGGAAAUAUAAUGCUUGCUUCCAAAUGACUUCUUUUGGAGCAAAACAAGUUAUAGAAGACAGAUUUAUGCCUAUUUUCAAAGUGCAGGGUCAGGUGUAUCACUUAAUUGGUAGUCUCCAACCUUUACCUCAAAAAACCCCUCAAUUCUUACAAAUUUAUUUUGUUGGAGAGGAUGAGAGAGAGACAAGUUUAAGAUGCAGCAUCUUCUCUGAUGUGAAAAGAGUCUGAUAAAACAAUUACAGGUGAUGUUGCACUACUAUAACCCAUACUUAAAAGAUUUAAAAACUGCUCUUGAAAAAGUACCUCACAAUUGUAAAAACUUAGUUGUAAUUCAUGCUGAUAGGAAACCAGCCAAUGCUCAUAGAGGACAUUUUAAUGCACUGACGGCAAGCAAAGUAGCUCUGGUCAUAGUUGGACAGCAGUUUGAAAAACGAGAUAUUGUAUUACAAAGUCAUGAC